AUGGCAGUCGGUGCAGCAAACAACUUUGCGCAAUUCAUGGUAGUUGGACCGACAUGUUUUUUCCUCGGAAUCCUCUUCGCGCAACUGCCCUACGACUACAAUGUCCUAUGGACGACGCCCGAGGACCGCGCAUCCUAUUUUGACAUUCUCGAGUCGCACAUCAAGUUCCUCUAUGCCUCGCCCCCGAUAGUCUCGCGCAUCCUUAAUCUCGUUAUCGGCACCGGUCUCCUCGGCUUCCUAAUCAAGCUCUUCAAGCCCAACCAAGCCAACAUGCUCUUUGACGGCGCAUCCCUCGUCCUGUACAUGGCCGGCAUCACCGUCUACCUGACCAAUAUUGUCAAGGGAUUCCGCGUCGUCACGGCUGGUAUCUACGGCGAGAUGGACAAGGCUAAUCCGGGCGAGAUUACCGAAGAGGAUAUGGGCGACUACAUCUCGAGGGAAGACACACUGAGGGUCUUUGCAGCUAGCAAUACCAUUCUUGCUCUUGUCCUCGUGGGCGUCCUGGUGCUGCAAGCAGGUCAGUGGUAUGCCAAGAGGGCCGAGGAGCAGGAGAUUCAAGAAAUGGAGCGUCUGGCUGAAGAGAAGAAGGGAGCGGGGAAGAAGAAGCAGUGA